AUCCUUAUUAAUACUCAAAAGUCAAAGAUGGUCUCCAGAUGCAGCUUUCGUUUAACCAUACUUAGCUUAACACUUCACGGUCUUUUUGUACACUUAUUGUUCUUGGUUCUGAUUCUUUGCGAUGAUCUUGAGACCUGUACUCCUCUAUGUGUGAUCGCUUUCUUGUUCAAGCUGCUGGGAGUCAGAUCAUCUAUAUUUUUCCUUUAUGUUGAGAAUGUGGCAAGAGUUAAGAAGCUGUCUUUAAGUGGAUUCAUGCAUUACAAGUUAAGGAAAGCUGAUCAGCUAUUUGUUCAAUGGCCACAACUGCAAAACAAGUACCCCCGGGCUCACUAUGUUGGCUCCCUGAUGUAAACUGAUUUUAGGAACAAUCCUCACACAUAGAUUUUAUUACAAUUACUUAGCAUAGCUACAAAGUAUUGAACUCAAGUUUUUGAUGCCAUUUCACUGAGCUAAUAUGAUUUGGGUAGUUUUUUUUCUCAAAACUAAAUCACAAUAAUUCACUAUUUUGUCAAGCCAAA